AUGGCCUUCUGGUGCCCCUCCGCCGUUCUCUCCGCGAGUCUCAAGACACCCCUGCAUCAUGACCUGACCACGUGUGUGCCGCGGGCGGGCGGGCGGGCGGGCGGGCGAUCAGACUCCGAGCGCGAGCCGAUAUUGUCGGAGGAGCAGAUCAGGGCGCUGUUCAUGAAUGUGGAGGAUCUCCUCAAGCAUCACAAGGGCCUGCUCCACCGCGUCGAGUGGAUUAUGCUGUGGUCCGGACCCUACACGAAGGCGUCGACUCUGGGGAAUCUGUUCCUGCAGGAAUGCCAGUUCUUCCAGGACUACACGCCCUUCCUUGAGGGAUACAACAAUGCGCUCACCCUCUGCGAGACGCUCAAGGCCACCAACCCGGCCUUUGCCAGCCUCCUGACUGAAUUCGACGCCACUCGCCAUCGCAACGGCGAAAUGGCCUUUGAGAGCAUCCUCAUCACCCCCGCCCAACGGAUCCCGCGAUAUGAGCUCAUGUUCCGCGAACUGUCGCGGCACCUCGCCGACAACCGCGAGGUGCGAGAUGCGCAGAACUACGUAUCCAAGACCAUGCGACUGCUCGAAGAGGCCUCGUCGGCUGCGGCGGCGGCGGCGGCCUCGUCGGCUGCUCGCACUGACUAG